AUGGUCAAACCAAUCAUCGCCCCUUCCCUGCUUGCAGGUGAUUUCGCCAAGCUCGGAUGUGAUUGCCACCGUAUGUUCGACAGCGGAUCCGAUUGGGUGCAUCUCGACGUCAUGGACGGCCAUUUUGUGCCUAACAUCACCAUGGGACCACCGAUUAUCUCUGCCUUGAGAAACGCGGUGCCAAGAAAGGAGGAGGCGCCAGGUAAGUACUUCUUUGACUGCCACAUGAUGGUUUCCAACCCUGAGCAAUGGGUUCCGGAAAUCGCCAAGGCCGGAGGUGACCAGUACACGUUCCACUACGAGGCUACUGAGAAGCCAUUGGAGCUCACGAAGUUGAUCAAGGCGAACGGGAUGAAGGCAGCAUGCGCCAUCAAGCCCGGCACGAGCGUCGACGUCUUGUUUGACCUCGCUCCACAUUUGGACAUGGCUUUGGUGAUGACUGUAGAACCUGGAUUUGGCGGUCAGAAGUUCAUGGCCGACAUGAUGCCAAAGGUUGAGGAGCUGAGAAGACGGUUCCCAAACAUGAACAUCCAGGUUGACGGCGGUUUGGGCAAGGGCACCGUCGAAGUUGCCGCUGAGGCCGGCGCCAACGUCAUUGUGGCCGGCACCUCUGUGUUCAAGGCUGCGGAUCCUAAGGAGAUGAUUGCCUAUUUGAGGGGAGAGGUCCAGCAAAACUUGGUAAAGAGGGGCAUUAGUGAAUAG